CCUGCAGGCUCCUGCUUUGGACUCCUAGUUGGGGCUUCUUGCAGGUUUGUUCCUCCAAUCACACGCCAGUGGGAGUGUGAUUGGAAGAACAAAUCCUGCUCAUCUUUUAUAGAGAGCUACUGAGCGUGUGCAGCAAGUGUGUUUGUGAAGGUGUGGCAAGUAUGAGUAGAACAGACAUGUUUGAAGAGCUCCUGCAGGUUCCUGCUUUGGCCUCCUGGUUGGGGCUUCUUGCAGGCUUGCUGGCCGUCUAUCUUUUGUACUCCAGUGGGACUUUCCAAGAUAAACAGAAACGUCCUCCUGGACCCAGACCUCUUCCCUUGCUUGGUAACCUGCAUCAGUUGGAUCUCGAGAGGCUUGAUCAGUCCCUUUUCAAACUGUCUAAAAGGUAUGGACCGGUGUUAACCGUCUACUUGGGACUCAAGAAGGUGGUGGUCCUGGCUGGAUGCAAGACAGUCAGACAGGCGCUCAUCAACCAUGCUGAGGAGUUUGGGGAGAGAGAACUCAGCCCUUUAUUCCACGAUUUCUCCAAAGGGCAUGGCAUAGCAUUCUCCAAUGGUGAUGGCUGGAAGGAAAUGAGGCGUUUUACCUUAACGACUCUAAGAGAUUUUGGGAUGGGCAAGAGACUCAGUGAGGAGAAAAUCACUGAGGAGUGUCACUACCUGAUUGAAGAGUUUGAAAAACAUGAAGACAAAGCCUUUGACAACACAGAGAUCAUCACCUACGCAGCUUCGAAUAUCAUUUCUGCCAUCAUAUUCGGAAAGAGGUUUGACUUCAAAGAUCCAGUCCUCCAAGAAAUGGUGGAAAAUGACAAAGAAGUCAGCCGUCUGUCUGCAUCAGCUUCCAUUGUGAUCUACAAUACGUUUCCAAUGCUGGGUCCCUGGCUUAAAAACUGGAGGGAUUUCAUGAAAAAAAUAGAGGAUAACACCCUGCACAUGUUGCACUUGAUAAACAAACUAAAGGAAACUUUCAAUCCUGACAUAUGUCGGUGCUUUAUCGAUGCUUUCUGCACACGUAAACUGAGUCUGAAGGAGUCUGACGCUCAGAGGGUGCACUACCAUGAUGACAACCUGGUCUACAGUGUGAUGGAUUUGUUUGGCGCUGGAACUGACACAACAUCCAACACUCUUCGCUGGAGUCUACUUUUAAUGGCCAAAUACCCUCAAAUACAAGAUCGGGUCCAGGACGAGCUUAGUAGAGUGGUGGGAGACCGUCAGAUCACAAUGGAGGACAGGAGGAACCUGCCUUACAUCGAUGCUGUCAUCCACGAGACACAGAGGUUCGCCAACAUCGUCCCCACUUCCGUCACUCACAGCACCAGCAGAGACGUCACCUUCCAGGGAUACUUCAUUGAAAAGGGGACCACUGUGCUCCCUCUGCUGACAUCUGUCCUCUAUGAUGAGAGUGAGUGGGAGACACCAAACACCUUCAACCCUUCCCACUUCCUGGACAAGGAGGGUAAAUUCAUCAGGAGGGAUGCUUUCUUGCCUUUCUCUGCAGGCCGCAGGGCUUGUCUUGGGGAAGGUCUGGCCCGGAUGGAGCUUUUCCUCUUCUUCACACACCUCCUGCAGCGCUUUCGAUUCACCCCUGCACCCGGGAUGUUGGAGGACCAGCUGGAUUUGACCCCAGCGGUGGGCUUUACACUCAGUCCUCUACCACACCAGUUGUGUGCUGUGAGUCGCCACUGAGGAGGAGUUGUUUAGAUAAAAGUAAAAGGAGUGUCUAAUACCUUUGCACUCACUCUGUCAAUUUAGGAUCAAUGAUUAACAUUGUCAACCUUAUAAAGGGCUAAAAUAUCAAAGGAUUGCAAAUAAUGACCAAAAUGUGUGUGUACUUAGUGGCAGCAUGGUCUUGGGUUCGAUGCCCGGGCUCAGGGUCUCUCUGUGUGGAGUUUGCAUGUUCUCCCCGUGACAGCGUGGGUUCCCUCCGGGCGGUAGUAUAUGGAUGGAUGGAUGGUGGGAAUUUGUAAUGGUGUUAAUGUGCUGUAAAACAAAAUACAUUUUGUUUUGUAAUGUGUGGAUUAUAUCAUGGAUAAAUAAGUAAAAUGCAAAUUUGGACAGUCCUGAUAAUAUAAUAGACGUCGAAGACAUCUACCUAUUUGGAGCUGUGAUCGCGGGGCACUUGCUGAAUGGGCUGGGCAUUACUCUGGUGUAUCGACAAAUUCGGAAGACGAUGGCAGCCACUCAAGGGGCCCGACGGCUGUUCAACGCAAUGGAAGGAUUGGGUCGGGCUGUGGGAACACAGACUGGAGCGAUUUCUGAGUUGAAUUUCAAAAUGGAUCUCAUCUUGGAAAAGUUUGCAGAGAAGGAAUAAUUAAUUGGAAUUGAAGAAAUCCAGCAUGGACAAACGGAGGAGAUAAGUCACUAUUUUUGUCUUCUCGAAGAAAAACAACUUCUUAAUCUACGAUUUGGACUCCCUUGAAUGGCCUUGACACAGGAACAGGCUGUUCCGAAGAAAAUGUCCCGAGGACUCCUCAAAGAUAGACGUUUUUGACCUUCCUUUUUGUCAACAACACCUGCAGUCGAACUUUUAUCGGCCUCAGUCAUACAAAAACAUUCAUCAUCUUUCCCAAGUUAAUUGGGCAUAUAUGCACACAUGACCCCCACCUUUGAAAUCAACGCCUUCACCACUGCUUGAUUCCUCUGAGGCUGUGGAUGGCUGAGCAGCGCUAUACAGCGGCAGCGAGUCUCCUCAAACCCACCCCCUCCCUCUGUUGCAAGUUGGUGUGAUAUACGUACCAUGUCUAAAUGUGUUCCAUGCUAUGUGAGGUUUUUUUCCUUGGACUCAGUCUGGACCCCUCCUGAGGGUCUAGCCUUAGACUGAUAUUUUUUUUACUCACUCCCUCUCUCCCAAUGUCACCCUUUUCUCACCUUUUUAAGGAGCGCCGUAAGUGGCUGACCCGUUGGCGGUCUCGUCUUGUCCUCCCCUGUAACGUAUGUCUGCUCUUAGCGGGACUUGUACAAAAAAAAUCAAUCUUGUUGUACUUGUGCAAUGACAAUAAAGAUCUAUUCUAUUCUAUUCUA